AUGGAGAGAGCAAAGCUUGGUGUUUCUUUACGAGAUCGCAUUAGAAACGAAGAAAUUCAAGCUCGAUGCAGGGGAGAUAGGCGUCGCUGUUCGUUGCAAUCGAAUAUAGCAAACUUAGUGAAGGCGGCUGCGUCGACCUGCCAGAUCAAGUGCGACCGCAGUGCGCAGUGGACCUGCUUCGGAACACAUCUCGGAGAAAGGCAUCAGCGACACCGGCUACACGACAUCACGAUGAAGAUCCUUUCAAUUGUUGUAUUGUUGGCGUUGGUGGCUUAUAAGGCGGAUGCGGCACCGCGGCCGCAGGAUGAUGCGGAGCCGCGAUCUCCGUCGAGGGGACUCCUAAAACGAGGCCUCAAAGGGAAACCUACUACUACCACCACGACCGCAGCGCCCCAGGAAGAGGUGGAAUAUGAGGACGAUGUUGAUUACUCUGCUGAGGCGCAACAGGAGCCGUCCACUGAGGCCCCACCGUCGUCCACGGAGGGCAAGAAACUGGUGGCUGGUGGUGUGAGACCGUUCCGUAGCAAUACCGACUUACUCGAAACCUUGAAGCGGAGGCGAGCCCAGGCGGCUGAACAAUCUAAACACGGUCAUUCAGCCGCUGCCCAAGCUCACGAAUCUCCGGCUGCAGACACUGCCAGCAAAGGUAAGAAGCGCUUCAACAACCCGCCGCCAGCGCGCGAGAACAACAAUGAGGAAGCUCCCGCUCCGGCGAAGCCUAGCAGAGGGCGUUUCGGUAGACGUAAGUUUAUAACUAGUGUUCACCUUAGCUUAAACUCGGAAUAAAGACACUCAA